AUGGCGGAUCCAGUCUACCAAUACGCCAAGAUUUUGCACACCACGCACACUAAGCGAGAGCAAUUCGAAACCCGAACCGCCGUGCAAACCCUCGACGUCGCCCCGAUCCCUCUCGACCUCGUCGCCCUUUCGCCCUUUUCCCAGUAUCCGACACGACAACGUGAUACAUAG